AAAGGCUUCAAAAUGAUGCCCGUGAUAUAUGUCGUGUUUACUUUUCUGCUAAGUAACGCAAUAGCGGAUGACAACACCAAAUUUCCAGAUGGAUUUUCGUUUGGAGCUGCAACAUCAGCCUACCAAAUAGAAGGUGCCUGGAAUGAAGAUGGCAAAGGUGAAGGAAAUUGGGACAGAGUAGCUCACACCAUUCCAAAUUUCAUUUAUCAUAAUGACAGUGGUGAUGUUACCUGCGAUUCCUACCAUCAGUGGGAAGAGGAUAUAAGGAUUUUAAAGGAAUUGAAAGUUACACAUUAUCGAUUCUCAAUUUCCUGGCCAAGACUCUUGCCUUUAGGUUUAAACCUUGAGGUGAACCAGGCAGGCGUAGACUAUUACAAGAAUUUAAUAAAAGCUUUAAAAGCUGCUAACAUCGAACCAUAUGUCACUCUCUUUCAUUGGGAUUUACCACAGUUUUUGGAAGAACUUGGUGGCUGGCCAAAUCCAGAGAUUGUAUCAUGGUACUCAGAGUAUGCAAAGCUGUGUUUCGAACUUUUUGGGGACGAUGUAAAACAUUGGAUGACCUUUAAUGAACCAAAACAAACCUGUACAAAUGGCUACGGAACGGGAGUUUAUGCGCCCUCUACCAAAUCUCCUGGUAUUGGAGAAUAUAUGUGCAUCCAUAAUGUUCUAAGGGCGCAUGCUGCAGCAUAUCACAUAUACGAUAAGGAGUUUAGGUUUAAACAGAAUGGAAAAGUCGGUAUUGUCAUUGAUUCAGCUUGGUGGGAACCCUAUAACGCAACAACAGAUAGUGACGCUUCUGAACGUUUGUUACAAUUUACUUAUGGUAUAUAUGCAAACCCAAUAUUUUACGGAGAUUAUCCAGAUGUGGUCAAGUCUUCAGUCGCUCGACGUAGCAAGAGUCAAGGUUUCCCAAAUUCUCGUCUUCCUGAGUUCACAACUGAAGAAAAAAAUACCAUCAGAGGAACAAUCGACUUCUUGGGAUUAAACCAAUACUCAUCAUUUUACGUUACAGACAAAACAGACGACAAAGAUGGAAUGGGUUAUGACGCAGAUGCUGAAGUAAAAACAUGGGCUGACGAAAGCUGGACACAAGGCGCUGCUGAUUGGCUUAAUAAAGCUCCUUUUGGUAUACGCAAAAUGUUAAAAUGGAUUAAGAAAACUUACCCAGACAUUCCUAUUAUUAUCACUGAAAACGGUUGGUCAGAUUUUGAUGGAACUUUGGACGAUGAUCCAAGGAUCGACUACAUAUCGAAAUAUCUUAGUAACGUAAAAGCCGCAAUGGACGAGGACAAAGUCAAUGUAGUAGGAUACACGGUUUGGAGUUUGCUGGAUAACUUGGAGUGGCUGUUCGGUUUUUCAAACAAAUUUGGAUUAUACCAAGUUGAUUUCAAUCACCCAAAUAGGACCAGAACAGCGAAAAAGUCAGCCAAAUGGUACACAAAUGUCAUCGAGACCAGAUGUUUAGGAACAUGUGAAUGAGAAAAUAAAAUUGGACAUAACACUCUUAAUGUUAAGGUUUAUAUAAAUAAAUAGUUUUAC